CCCCCCCCCCCCCCCCCCCCAGGCAUUCCCGGCGACGAACAUUUAUUCACACACAGUCAUCACUAGCCAUGGCCGCUGCAACCACCACCCCAGAACACUCCUUCCUCCACUCCACCCUGCAAAUCCCUUCUUCUCGUAGCCCACGGCACAGUCCCGACUCUCCUUCAAUGUCCGCCCGCUCAGUCGAACAACAACAACAACAACAACAAAUACCCCACCCGCACCUUCUCUCCCCCUACCAAACCCUCCGCAACAACUUUGGCGCCGGCGCAAUAGCCCUCUCCACCUCCUUCGCUGUCAUGCACCCGCUCGAUACCCUCAAAACUCGCAUGCAGGCCGCUUCAAAAUCCACAUCACACUCAAAUCUAACCAUAAAGAGUUUCUUCACCCGCGAUACUCUAAAGACUCUACGGAGAGGAUUCACCACUAGCGUUCUGGGUGCGGCCGCACAGGGCGGGUUGAGGUGGAUGACCUUUGACGCGUGCAAGACGGAGCUGUGCGCGCGGUUUCCCGAGAAAGUCCCAGAGACGACCGGAGGGACGGGGACGGGGACGACCGCGGACGGGACGAGACGAAAAAAGAACAUCCUCCCAUCAGCCUCCUUCAUGCUCACAUCCGCGGCCUCAGCGAUCGCAGGCGACCUCGCAUCCUCCAUCGUCAAAGUACCCCGCGAAGUCGUCACUGCCCGUUUACAGACCGGUCACUACGACACACCUCCAUCUCAUUCCCACUCGGUACAAGGAGUUUCCAAGCCAAAGGGGGCAACCUACGCCAUCCGCACCAUCCUCCGCUCCGAAGGCGUCCCAGGCCUCUUCCGCGGGUUCUGGUCCCUCACCCUCCGCGACUGGCCCUUCAUGAUUAUCCUCUUCACCACCUACGACACCCUUAAAUCCGUGCAUCACAAUUUCGCCAUCAACAACGCCCCACCCGCAGAUAUUGCUGAUGGAACAGCAGUCUACACCCACGAGAUACCCACCCUGAAAUCGACGUUAUUUGGCGGUCUUGCUGGGGGUCUGGCUGCGUUUGUCACCACCCCCUUUGAUGUCAUCCGCGCACGGAUCAUGACCUUCAAGGCUGCCCCAGGGACCGCCGCAGGGGCGACGCCGAAUAUGAGACAGAUCUCUGGGAUGAUUUUAAGGGAACACGUUGCGAAAACGACAUCAUCGUCAGCAGCAGCGACAACGACGAUAGCAACAACGACACCGACACCGAGAACGGCGAUAAGCAUGAUCCCCGCAGCCUCACGCGCGUUCUUUGUGGGAGCCGCGCCGCGGACGGUGUGGUGGUUCUGUGUGUGUUCGAUGUUUUUCCCGAUUGUGGAGAGGUGUAAGGAGGGGUUUGAUGCGCUUAGUGUUUGAUUAUUGUUGUUGGAGGCGGGGAGUAGCGGAUAUAGCACAGGGAGAGUGAUGGAAGGGCUAGCGAUAUCGUGGUGGAUCUUUUUCCCCGCUGAUGGAUUAGACGAAACGUCCGCUUUACUUUUACGUCCUUUUCCGUCUGGCUUGCGGGCUGUAGAUGUACUGUAUACUCUUUCUCUUUUAUGUUUGAGUAUUUAUUACAUUUAUCUUAUGGGAGCGAUGCGCACAGUCUGAGCGGUGCCAAUACUAUGGGUUCGUGGGGCCGUCCUGGGGCACUGGCUGGGGCUUUGUUGAGAGGUGUAGUGUCCGAG